AUGUGUGAUUGCGGAGAUUCAGGUUGGUUUGGUGAAUUUUGUCAUAUGACUAAAUAUCCUUGUCCAGCUGAUCGCUAACAAGGUUGUUACGAUACCGAUGAUCCAUGUCAAAAUGGUGGAUCAUGUAUAGAUAAUCAAUGUUGGUGUAGUUCAUCAACCAAAGGUGAUUUCUGUGAAAUAGUCGACAAUAAAUAUUCAGCUAAUAGUCAAAUACAUAAAGAAAAUAGUCCUUUAAAAAUAUGGUUAAUUAUUGUUUUAUGUACUGUUAGUAUUAUAAUUAUUGUUGGUUUAAUAUAUAGUCGUAAAAAACUAUUUAAAACACGAGAACAACGAAGAAAUUCAAUUGACUAUGCAUUUAAUCAUAAAUCAAAUGAAAAACAAAGUAAUGAAAAUCUUGAAAGUGAUUCUGUUAGUCUAGCAUUAAGUCAAGCUUCACAAAAUACAAAAUUUAUUCAAGAAUAA